AUGGCUCCCGGUCAGAAGCGCAAAACCGUCGACGACGACUUUGUUCUCACACUCUCCGACCACGAGGGCGAAAUCUCCGACGAGGAAAAGGCUCCUGUUGCCCCACCCAAGAAGAAGGCAAAGACCACGACCAAGGUCAAGGGCAAGAGCAAGAAGGGAAAGAAGGGCAAGGAGUCGACCCCUGAAGAAGAGGAAGAUGAAGCACGCGAGGGUAUCUGGGGACAGAACGAUUCCGACGAUGGAGCCAUGGAUCCGGAUUUCGAGUACAUCCAGGACGGCGCCCAGGAAUUUGGCGAGGCCGAUUUCGAGGGCUGGGGAUUUGAGGGCGCUAAGAGCAGCAUGAAGCCCAAGAAGAUUGGCCUCGAUCUCGACGACAUCAUUCGCAGGAGGCUAGAGAAGAAGAAGGAAACCAAUGGAGAGGCGGCCGAGGAGGAGGCGCCAGCUGAGGACGCCAACGAUAUGGAACUGGACCUCGAGGACGACGAGGACGGCGUUCUUGCCGAUGAUGCGUUCGGCAUGGGCGCUGACUCUGAAGACGAGGGCUCUGAGGCUGAGGAUGAGGACGAAGAGGGCGCAGAAGACGGCGACGAUGCAGCCUCCGACAACGACUCGAUCGCAACACCUGUGGACCACCCAGACGACGUCGAGUCGGACUUGAGUGACGACGAGGAUCCCGAGGAGAAGGCGAAGCGCGAUGCAUUCUUUGCGCCAGAAGAAGUGGCCAAGCCUGGCAAGAAGGCCGCCGCCAAUUCCUUUCCAGGGCAUCAAAAGACCAUUCCCAUUGCUCUCAUGGGCAAGGAUCUUGUCGGUGGUGCCGUGACCGGUUCCGGAAAGACGGCCGCCUUCGUGGUGCCUAUUUUGGAGCGUCUUCUCUACCGACCGAAAAAGGUCCCCACCAGCCGCGUUGUCAUCCUCACGCCCACUCGUGAAUUGGCCAUCCAGUGUCACUCGGUCGCCACGAAAUUGGCCGCCUACACAGACAUCAAGUUCACCCUCGCCGUCGGUGGUUUGAGUCUGAAGAUGCAGGAAGCCGAGCUGCGCCUGCGUCCCGACGUCAUCAUCGCCACACCUGGUCGUUUCAUCGAUCACAUGCGCAACUCGGCAAGCUUCGCCGUCGACGCCGUCGAGAUUCUGGUUCUCGACGAAGCCGAUCGUAUGCUCGAGGACGGUUUCGCCGACGAACUGAACGAGAUUCUGACGAGCAUGCCCAAGUCUCGCCAGACGAUGCUCUUCUCCGCCACCAUGACGUCUUCGGUCGACAGGCUCAUCCGUGUCGGCAUGAACACGCCAGCGCGGGUCAUGGUGGACUCGCAGAAGAAGACGGUCACGACACUGACCCAAGAGUUCAUCAGGUUGCGACCCGGCCGCGAGAGCAAGCGCAUGGGCUACCUUCUCUUCAUCUGCAAGACGCUGUACACGGAGCGCGUUAUCAUUUUCUUCCGCCAGAAGAAGGACGCGCACCGCGCGCGCAUCAUUUUCGGUCUGCUCGGCUUGUCUUGCGCGGAACUCCACGGCAGCAUGAAUCAGACACAGCGUAUUCAAAGUGUUGAAGACUUUAGGGAUGGCAAGGUUUCUUACCUGUUGGCCACGGAUCUUGCGUCGCGUGGUCUUGAUAUCAAGGGCAUCGACACGGUCAUCAACUACGAGGCACCGCAAAAGCUCGAAAUCUAUGUGCACAGAGUCGGUCGUACCGCCCGUGCCGGCCGCGCAGGUGUGGCCGUGACCCUCGCCGCCGAGCCGGACCGCAAGGUCGUCAAGGCUGCCGUCAAGGCAGGCAAGGCCCAGGGCGCCAAGAUUCUGAGCCGCGUCAUCGAGGCCGGUGAGGCGGACAAGUGGCAGGACAAGGUGGACGAGAUGGAAGAGGAGAUUGAGGAGAUCAACGAGGAAGAGAAGGAAGAGAGGCAGCUGGCGCAGGUGGAGAUGCAGGUGCGCAAGGGUGAGAACCUGAUCAACCACGAGGACGAAAUCAAGUCGCGGCCGCGCCGCACCUGGUUCGAGUCGGAGAAGGACAAAAAGUCGGCCAAGGAGGCGGGCCGGGCGGAACUCAAUGGCGAUAAGAAUGAGAAGAAGAAGGGUGGCGGCAAGAUGAGCAACAAGGACAAGAAGAAGGCUGAGUCGAGAGCCGAGAGGAGCGAGGCGCCGACGUGGAAGAAGGGCAAGGCGGAGAGGGCGGGCAAGGGCGCCGUGUUGGAUGUCAAGAAGCCACGGAUGCCGAAGAAGAUCAAGGCUGCGGCGGGCAAGAAGACAAAAGCGCGCGUGGGCAAGCGGAGGUAG